UGCCUGUGUGUACCCCACCAAGCACUGUCUUUUACUCUUAGAUGGUCAUACUGAUAAUGGCCGCCACUGCCUUUUUAUCAUCUAUAACAGGAAUUUAUGAUUAACACAUGUUUGGUUACAUUAUUUAUUUAAUUUUCUUUCUCUUUAUACUUUAAGCUUUUAUGAUGUUGAUCAUGGAUUGAUGGUGGUAGAGGAGCAUCUUCAUUAAAGAAGCAGAAGAAGAAGGAAGUGGGGGUUUUGAUUGUGAGGUGAAUUAGGGUGUCAUCAUGGAGAAGCAAAAGAGUUUUCGCAGAGGAAUGGAGAAACAGAAGAGUUUCCGUGGGGCGAUGGAGAAGCAAUCGAGUUUCCGUGGGGUAAUGGAGAAACAGAAGAGCAUUAGGGUUGCAUUGGAGAAGCAGUUGAGUUUUAGAGACAAGAAAAAGGUCAAGGAGUCGCCGGGGAAGAGAGGUGAUACACCACUUCAUUUGGCUUGUAGGGGAGGGAAUUUGAUUAAGGUUAAAGAGAUUUUGCAAGAUUGUGAUAGUUUGAAAGAUGUGUUGACGAAGCAGAACAAGGAUGGAGAGACUGCGUUAUAUGCAGCGUCGGAGUAUGGUAAUGCUGUAAUUGUUAGUGAGCUUUUGAAGCAUAUGGAUUCCGAAUCUGCUUCAAUCCCGGCAAAGAAUGGUUAUGAUUCAUUUCAUGUUGCAGCAAAGCAAGGCCAUCUAGAGGUUUUGAAGGAGCUUCUGCGCUCUUUGCCUGAUCUGGCGCUUACGACAGAUUCAUCGAACUCUACUGCACUGCAUACAGCUGCAAUGCAAGGUCAUAUUGAUGUUGUCAAUCUUCUUUUAGAGACCAAUGUUGACCUAGCUAAAAUUGCACGAAGCAAUGGUAAGACUGUACUUCACUCUGCGGCAAGGAUGGGACAUUUGGAAGUGGUAAAAUCCAUAUUACGUAAGGAUCCAGGUGUUGGUUUUAGAAAAGAUAACAAGGGACAAGCAGCAUUGCAUAUGGCAGUGAAAGGGCAUAAUGUAGAAAUUGUGCUUGAAAUGGUUAAACCUGAUAAGUCAGUUAUCAACUUGGAAGAUAAGAAUGGAAAUACGGCAUUGCAUAUUGCAACGAAGAAAGGCCGAACGCAGGUAAUGCGUGGUUUGUUAUCAGUUGAAGGCAUCAGCAUCAACGCUAUAAACAAAGCAGGUGAAACCGCACUUGACAUUGCCGCCAAGUCAGAAAAUCCUGAAAUCGCCUCCAUUUUAAAAGAAGUUGGUGCCACCAGUGCUAAAGACUCUGCAAACCCUCCUAAUCCAGCAAAGCAACUUAAGCAAACUGUUAGCGACAUAAAACAUGAUGUUGAGUCCCAACUUCAUCAGACUCGUCAAACAGGAGUAAGGGUACAGAAAAUUGCAAAGAGGCUUAAGAAACUGCAUAUCAGUGGUCUCAAUAAUGCCAUAAACUCAGCAACUGUCGUCGCUGUUCUUAUAGCAACAAUUGCAUUUGCUGCCAUUUUCACAGUACCUGGCCAGUAUGUUGAGGUUAAAUCAGAUGGUUUCACACUAGGACAAGCCUAUAUUGCGAAGAAUGCAGCAUUCAUCAUUUUUUUCGUGUUUGAUUCUCUGGCUCUGUUCAUUUCCUUGGCGGUGGUCGUGGUUCAAACAUCGGUGGUUGUGAUUGAGCAGAAAGCAAAGAAACAACUCAUGUUUGUCAUAAACAAACUCAUGUGGCUGGCUUGCCUGUUUAUAUCAAUCUCCUUCAUUUCACUCUCUUACAUAGUAGUUGGCCGUCAUGCGCGGUGGCUAGCCAUUUAUGUGACAGUAAUCGGUGCCUUGAUAAUGUUGACUACCCUUGGUGCAAUGUGUUAUUGUGUUGUGAUGCAUAGAAUGGAGGAAUCAAGUAUGAGGAAUAUAAGAAGAGCCUCUGGGAGUCAUUCUCGUUCUUUCUCUGUUUCGGGAAUUUCGGAUACUGAGAUACUGAACAACGAAUAUAAGAGGAUGUAUGCAGUGUAAUUUUACUGACGGUGUCAAGACAAUCAGGGUUUCUUCCUACUUGCGCUAGUGCGAGAUGCGGAGCUAAACAAUCUAAUAUGUAUAAGAUUCUACUAUCUGUGAUACUAAAUAAUGAAUAUAAGAGGAUGUAUGCUGUUCAAGUUGGCAGAUGGGAUCACGACAGACAGGGGUUCUUCCUACUAGCCCGAACACGAGAUGCAGAGCAGAAUGCCCAUAAACACCAUCUGAAAUAACUGGGUGAAAUGGCACUUAAUUUCGAACAAUUGCGCAUUUGCAAGCUCUGGUUCACAUAAAAGGUACUUCGAUUUUGUCUUCCUUUCAUAUUGUUCUAUAGUGUCUAAUAACCUUAUUACCUUAAACAGGAUUCUACAUUAUGUACCAGUAGAGUCUAUGAUUGCUCUCACGGUUAGAGCAUAUACAACACUAUGUAUACUAGAAAUUUCUGCAAUAACUUGUAUGUGUGCGUUGGCACACAACUAUCUAUUGUACUCGUCAAAUUUCAAAUGACAUAAUGUUAGUAUCACUUUCUUAUCUG